CCCGACUCCGGAGCCUCUGUAGCCCCGCGAGGUGUAGAUUUUCCGGGGCGCGGCGCUAUGGAGGAGCUUGACGGCGAGCCCACCAUCACCUUGAUUCCAGGUAUGAAUUCUAAGAAGAAGCAAAUGUGUUUUGACUGGGGUCCUGGGGAAAUGCUGGUGUGUGAAACCACCUUCGACAAAAAAGAAAAAUCAGAAACAGUGCCAAACUGCCCCUAUAUCCAUAUUGUUCGGAAAGAUGUAGAUGUUUACUCUCAAAUUUUGAGAAAACUCUUCAAUGAAUCACAUGGAAUCUUUGUGGGACUCCAGAGAAUUGAAGAAGAAUUGACUGGAAAAUCUAGGAAAGCUCAAUUGGUUCGUGUGAGUAAAAACUACCGAUCAGUCAUUAGAGCAUGUAUGGAAGAAAUGCACCAGGUUGCAAUUGCUGCUAAAGAUCCAGCCAGUGGCCACCGGUAUAGCAGUCAGGUCUCCAUUUUGUCUGCAAUGGAACUUAUUUGGAAUCUGUGUGAGAUUCUUUUUAUUGAAGUAGCUCCAGCUGGGCCUCUUCUUCUUCACCUCCUUGACUGGGUUCGACUCCAUGUGUGCGAGGUCGACACGUUGUCGGCAGAUGUUUUGGGCAGCGAGAAUCCGAGCAAACAUGAGAGCUUCUGGAACUUGGUGACCAUCUUGGUGCUGCAGGGCCGGCUGGAUGAGGCCCGACAGAUGCUGUCCAAAGAGGCUGACGCUAACCCCCCCUCUGCAGGCAUGUGCCGCAUCCUUGGGGAACUGAUGAGGACAAUGCCCGUUCUCAGUCCUGGCAAUACCCAGACGCUGACAGAGCUGGAGCUGAAGUGGCAGCACUGGUGUGAGGAGUGUGAGCGGCACCUGCAGGAUGGCACGUUCGCUGCCAAUCCCCAUCUAGAGUGUCUCUGCAAGAUCAUGCUGGGGGAUGAGGCCACCUUGCUGGAGCAGAAGGAGCUGCUGAGUAACUGGUAUCACUUCCUGGUGACCCGCCUGCUCUACUCCCACCCCACGGUGAAACCCAUCGACCUGCACUUCUAUGCACAGUCCAGCCUGGACAUGUUUCUGGGAGGGGAGAGCAGCUCAGAGCCCUUGGACAACAUUUUGAUGGCAGCCUUCGAGUUUGAUAUCCACCAAGUGAUCAAGGAGUGCAGCAUUGCUCUGAGCAACUGGUGGUUCGUGGCUCACCUGACAGACCUGCUGGAUCACUGUAAACUCCUCCAGUCACACAACCUCUACUUUGGUUCCAACAUGAGAGAGUUUCUCCUGCUGGAAUAUGCCUCGGGACUCUUUGCUCACCACAGCCUGUGGCAACUGGCAGUGGAUUACUUUGACUACUGCCCUGAGCUGGGGCGAGUUUCCUUGGAGCUCCACAUUGAGAGGAUCCCCCUCAACACAGAGCAGAAAGCCCUCAAGGUACUUCGGAUUUGUGAGCAGCGGCAGAUGACUGAACAAGUGCGCAGCAUCUGCAAGAUCUUAGCCAUGAAGGCUGUUCGCAAUAAUCGCCUGGGCUCUGCACUCUCCUGGAGCGUCCGUGCCAAAGAUGCUGCCUUUGCCACACUCGUGUCAGACAGGUUCCUCAAGGAUUACUGUGAGCGAGGCUGCUUUUCUGACUUGGACCUCAUUGACAACCUAGGGCCAGCCAUGAUGCUCAGUGAUAGACUGACAUUUCUGGGAAAGUACCGGGAGUUCCACCGGCUGUAUGGGGAGAAGCGGUUUGGUGACGCUGCUUCUCUUCUGCUCUCUCUCAUGACUUCUCAAAUUGCACCUCGCUCCUUCUGGAUGACUCUGCUUACAGACGCCCUGCCCCUUUUGGAACAGAAACAGGUGAUUUUUUCAGCAGAACAGACUUAUGAGCUGAUGCGAUGUCUGGAGGAUUUGACUUCAGGGAAGCUGGAGUGUGCAGAGUUUGAUGCUCAUCGACUCCAGGAUGACGACAUAGAGACCACCAAGGUGGAGAUGCUGAGACUGGCUCUUGCCCGGAACCUUGCCCGGGCAAUUGUGAGAGAAGGCUCAUUAGAAGGCUCCUGAUGAGCUGCGGCCACGUGGCAAUGUAUAUAGAUUUUUAAAAUAAAUGUGCUUUUGCGAAUUAAAGGCGUUUUUAAUCC